AUCUUAUCACAAUUUCAGUGUUUUUGUUUUGAAAUUGAUAACAACCGGUAAUUGAAUAAUUUCCUUUAUGUUCUUAAAUUCAUAUUAUUUUCGAGAAUAAAUUAUCAUAUUUAAAUAUAAAAAAUACAAAAUGAAUGAAGAUGACAGAUUGGUAGAUGCUGUAACUAUUUCACAGUUUGGAGGUUUCGACAAAAUAAAGUUUACAAAACUUCCUUUGAAGUCCUCUGAUUGCGGCGAGAAUGACAUCGAAGUCAAAGUGAAAUACUGCGGAGUAAAUUUUGCUGAUUUAUACGUAAGACAAGGUCUCAUUCAGAACAUUAAAUUACCACAUGUUCCCGGGUUAGAAUGCAUGGGAAUUAUAAACAAAGUUGGCAAUAAAGUCGUAUCUUUUGAAGUGGGGCAACGUGUUUUAUGUUACAAUGGUAACGGAGGUUUAUACCGAGAGGUGGUCGUAGUAAAUGAGAAGAACUGUUUCGCUGUACCUGACCAUGUUCAAGAUGAAAUUGCUGUCUGUUUAUCUGCCAAUUACCUUACUGCGUAUUUUUGCUUAUUCGAUAUUGGGAAUCUUAAGCAAGGUCAAAAUGUGUUGAUACAUUCUUGUGGAGGCGGAGUUGGAUGGGCAGCCACUCAAUUAGCUCGUAGUGUGGGAAAAGUCUGUAUUGUUGGCACUGCAUCGCCUUCAAAAUUUUCCGAAGUUGAGAAUAAUGGAGUAGAAUUUUUAAUACCGUCCCAAAAUUACCUGGAAGAAUUGCAAAAUCAUUCUGUUUUGAAAUCAAAAAAAUUCGACGUGAUUAUCGAUACCGUAGGUGGAUCAAAUAUUGCCAAUAGCCAAGCUUUGCUAGAGCCACUGGGAAAAUUGAUCGUAAUAGGUGUGAAUCAUAUAGUUACCGGAGAGGAAAAAUUUAGCAUUGUAAAAUUAUUGAAAUUAUGGUGGCAAACGAAGAACAUUUCGGUGAGCGAUUUGAUAACAAACAAUGCUGUCGUUGCUGGUUUGCAUUUGACAAAUUUAAUGGAAGCUAAACCGGAAAAAGUACGACAAACUAUGGAUCAUAUAUUCGAUCUAUGUAAAUCCGGUGUGAUUAGGCCACGUAUUGAUUCCAUAUAUUCGUUUCCCGAGAUCGCUGAAGCAAUGAAAAAAUUAGCAAAUCGGGAGAAUAUUGGUAAAGUAAUAGUGAAAAUUUAAAUUUUCCGUUUCGCCCACGUCAUCGUACAGAGUAAUCAACUGUGAUUUUAAAAUACUCAAAAUAUUGUAUCGCCAAGUUGACUGAUAUUUUUCUACAUAUUGAUACUAAUUAUAAUUUAUAAAUACUUUGUUAAAUUAA